ACGGGAAGGGCGGGGGCACGUUAAAUGGCGGCCGCCCCCUCCUUCCCCUUCUUUAGAGCGGUCGUUGGGGGCUCGGAGCGGGGCUGCGGGGGGCCGCAGGCGGCUGCUCCCCUCCUGGCGGUAUCGGCAGCGGGAAGGGGUGGGAUCGGCCGUGAGGCAGAGCCAGGCGCCGCCUCGGGAGGUGCCGGUGUGAGGGGGUGCGAGAGCCAUGUCCCUGCCUCGCGUCGAAAACCCCUGCUUUCUGCUCUUCCUCCUCGCCAUCCAGACGCUCUUCAUCCUCAUCCUGUACCGAGGGGGCCCCGCCGGGGUGUUCCGCGGGCUGUCGGGCUCGCCUCAGGUGCCGGACUUCUCCAAGCCCCACGACGUGUACGCCAACCUCAGCCUGCUCGCCCGCCGCCCCGCCGAGGAUGCUCUGCCCUACUGCUCGGCCCGGUCACCGCUGCUGGUUGGUCCGUUAAUCAUCUCCUUCAGGGUGCUCCCUAGUGAAAGAAUGAUCAUCAAAAAAAAUCCUGUCGUUCAGUCUGGAGGCCUCUACAGACCACCUCACUGCUUGGCCCGCUACAAAUCAGCCAUCCUUGUAGCAUACAGCAACCAGGAGAAGUACCUUCACCAUCUUCUUUACUAUAUUCAUCCUUUCUUGCAGCGCCAGCAGCUCAGUUACAGAAUCUACUUGAUUCAGCAGGUGGGGAAUGGUACGUUUAACCGAGCAAAGUUACUUAAUAUUGGUGUCCGGGAAGCCCUGAAGGAUGAAGACUGGGACUGCCUUCUUCUGCAUGACGUGGACCUAGUACCUGAGAACGAUUAUAAUCUCUACGUUUGUGACGAAUACUAUCCCAAACACAUGGCUAGCGCCAUCGAUAAGUUUCAUUACAAUCUUCCAUAUAAGUCCUUUUUUGGGGGCGUAUCUGCUUUGACUCCAGAGCACUACAUGAAGAUGAAUGGGUUUCCAAACACAUACUGGGGCAGUGGUGGUGAAAACGACGACAUUGCUACGAGGAUCCAGUUAGCAGGAAUGAAAGUUGUCCGGACCCCAUCUCACCUUGGACGCUACAAAAUGAUGAACUACAACAAAGAGACAGAAGAGCCUUGGAGAAGGCCUGCUUCCCGACACAACACUGGAAAAACAUGGAAGGAUGACGGAAUGAAUUCUUUAGAGUUCAAGCUUCUUUCUAGGACAAAGCAUCCUCUUUAUACCAAUAUCACCGUGGACAUUGGAUAUGUUCCCCCAUUUUCUUAAGAGAAUGUGAACAAAAGUGGAGUUUGAGCUUACCACAGCAGCAUGCUUAUGGGCAUUCAGCCUCUACCUCCUGUUCUAGUGCAGAGUCUGCAGUGCCUGAGACUAAUCCUGUUGUCUUUCAUGCGUUUAACUUUUCUUCUGAGCAUACAAGAUUUAGAAGAAAAGGCUUCAUGACUAGGGUGUGAUAGCUACAAACAGGAUCUGGCUUACUGUAGAAGUCCUUUAAAGCACUGUAAAACUACUGAGCCAAAUCCCUCUCAUCCCUCAGCCUGUGGGGAUUAAGGUCUCCUUGACAGUAAGCUGACCCAAGUUUUCUGGAACCUUUGUUCCAUAGCUGGAUAGCUCUGUCCUGCCGCUUACGCAAGUGGUAAGUGGGAUUCAAGCCAUUCUGUGAGCCAGUCCUCUGAAAUGCUGUAUUUUGAGAAAGAGAACUCAGUGUUGAAAGCUAUUACAGUUCUGUAAAAACUUUUGUGAAUUUGAGUAAAGUUGAGGUAUAUGUUUGGAUCAAGAUUUUCUAGCAUAUUUAAUAAGAGCUUAAUAAAACACAAAGUUGCCCUGAAAUCAGAUGAAAACAGAGCUUGAAUUUGUGAUUGUCUGGCCAGA